AUGAAUGAUCUCUUGAAUAUCACUUUCAAGUACACGAAUUGCCCUGACCCAGCAGAGAGUGCUGCUAGAGUCCAGCGAGUGAUAAACGAGGACCCUGGUCUCAUGGAGGAGACUGCCACAGGGAUUAUUGCUGCAGCGCAACGUAACCUAGCCAGGGAAAUGGAUGCUUCGUUCCCCAUUUCAGCUUUGGCAGCAACUCUACCCCCUGCUCCUCACAAAAGUUCCUCUUCUCUUUCAGUGAGAAGAAGCACAGGCAAAUCUGCAAGACACAAAAGAAACUCAUCAAGAUUGCAGCCACUACAAGGUUCAUAUGUACAACAUAGAACUUUCAGCACGAACACAUACACCUCUUUAUCGAACUGUACACCAAUAAUAUUAUCCACAUGUACACCGACGUUUCCCGUUAACAUGGUUGGGAAAGAAUCAAAGGGAUUUGACAAAAAGCUUAUACUAGUGGGUGUCAGUUAUCAUGCAACGGUGGAAGGGAAAGAUUUGGUUAUGAAUCUGGGUUUUCUUACCCGGUUAAGAUCAGAUACCAGAGAGUCUCAAGGUUAA